UGAAGCACAGAAAAAUGAAAAGUUCUGAGAGAAGUAGCAGUGCCAGGCAAUACAAAAAAUCCCAACUUCCACGCCUGCGAUGGACUCCCCAACUCCAUCAACACUUUGUUGAAGCUAUUCAAAGUCUUGGUGGAAAACACAAGGCAACUCCGAAGCGAAUUUUGCAGCAGAUGCGUGUGAAAGGACUCAGGAUCGCUCACAUCAAAAGCCAUCUUCAGAUGUACAGAAACAUGAAGGGGCAUGCCAUUAUUGCAUCAGAGAAUCAGUUGCUGGAAGGAUAUGCAAACGAUUUCAAAACCCAAAGGAACAAAAGUGAGCUUUUACAAACCAGUGAAGAAACUGAUUAUGACCUAAACCAGGAACCCCGGUCAAGUGCAUGGUUGGUUAGUGAUGAUGUGUCAAAUGAAGAAGAAGAUUGUAGGCUAAUUAAAUUUCCUGGUCUCCCAUUCACGCCUCUAAUUUCGAUGAUGCAUAGACAACAACAGAUAAUGCGUUUUUCCUCAUCAACUGAACCUCCUAAUCAUUCCCUUCAAUCAACUUCUUUUGGAAACACUUAUAUAAACUUAGACCUAACAAUCUGAUAUUAAUCUUGCAUUAAUAUUCUUUUGGAAACAAUUAUAUAUAAACUUAGACCUAGUUACUGUUAACCUUUUAGGCAA